UUUCCUUUCUUCUCUCCCUCUUAUCUGUGCAAAAGUCCACAGGAGUUUCAUUUUCUAACCAUUUUCUUCAAAUAUUCAUUUCUUUUUUCUUCUUCUUCUUUGAAGCUUUAGCAUAUAGUCAAGCUUAGCGGUUGGCAUGCAGAGAACGAGACGACACACACUGAACUGAAGACGCCAUGUUAGCCUUUGAUUUAUAAGGAAUGAAGAGCAAAGUAGUAAUGAACUUUUAUUUUUUAAAUCUUUUUUCUCUCUCCAAAUAACAGUAGGAAAAAAAAAACAAUUUUUUUUUCUUUAUCCUUUCCUCUCCUCUUAUCUAUUUUUCCUUUUUUUAUUCCUUAAAGCUUUAAAAGGUUAGAUUUUGAUUGUCAUAUCAAGAAUAUAAAGCUGAUACUGAGAAACCCAUUUCAUAUUUUGAGGUGCUCUCUGGCUUGGAAAUUCUGGGGUUUGUUGAAUAGACACAAGUUAUCAUUCACUGCUCGAUUGUCAAAAGAACAAAGUAGGGGGGGAAAAGAAGAAGAGGAAGGGGAAAAGUGGCUACUUUGAUGAGUUUUGGGGGGUUUCUUGAGAACAAAUCAGGUGGUGGAGGUGCUAGGAUUGUAGCAGAUAUACCUUACAGCAACGGUAUCAACCACAAUAAUAACAGCAUCAACAACGAUACAAUGCCCUCUGGUGCAAUCUCACACCCUCGAUUAGCCACUCCAACUUUGGUUAAAUCCAUGUUCAACUCUCCUGGGCUCUCUCUGGCACUUCAAACUAAUAUAGAUGGACAAGGUGAUGUGAACGAGAAUUUUGAGACAAAUGGUUUGAGAAGGAACAGGGAAGAAGAACAUGAAAGCAGAUCUGGCAGUGAUAACAUGGAUGGUGCUUCUGGUGAUGAUUUUGAUGCUGCCGACAAUCCACCCAGAAAAAAGCGUUAUCACCGACACACUCCUCAGCAAAUACAAGAACUUGAAACGCUGUUCAAGGAGUGUCCUCACCCAGAUGAGAAGCAAAGACUUGAACUCAGCAAAAGGCUUUGUUUGGAAACGAGGCAGGUGAAGUUUUGGUUCCAAAAUCGAAGAACCCAAAUGAAGACUCAAUUGGAACGCCAUGAGAACUCGCUGCUAAGGCAAGAGAAUGAUAAGCUUAGAGCGGAGAACAUGUCUAUGAGGGAAGCUAUGAGGAACCCUAUAUGCUCAAACUGUGGAGGUCCAGCUAUUAUCGGUGAGAUUUCACUUGAAGAACAGCAUAUUAGGAUUGAGAAUGCUCGAUUGAAGGAUGAACUAGACCGAGUUUGUGCCCUUGCUGGCAAGUUUUUAGGUCGCCCCAUUUCUUGUUUAACAAGCUCAAUUGGUCCUCCAUUGCCAAACUCAAGUUUGGAGCUUGGUGUUGGCAGUAAUGGUUUUGAUGGUUUGAACACUGUCCCUUCAACAUUGCCUUUGGGGCAUGAUUUUGGGGUUGGGAUAUCUAGCCCUUUAGGCAUGGUAUCACCUCCAACAAGAGCAACAACUUUGGUCACUGGCUUUGACAGAUCAGUAGAAAGGUCUAUGUUUCUAGAGCUUGCUUUGGCUGCAAUGGAAGAGUUGGUGAAGAUGGCUCAAACUGGGGACCCUCUUUGGAUCAGAAGUUUAGAAGGUGGAAGAGAAAUUCUGAACCAUGAGGAAUACACAAGGAUAAUGGUUCCUCCUUGCAUUGGCUUGAGACCAAAUGGUUUUGUCUCAGAAGCCUCUAGAGAAACUGGCAUGGUCAUCAUAAACAGCUUGGCCCUUGUUGAAACUUUAAUGGACUCAAAUCGAUGGUCAGAUAUGUUCCCUUGUAUGAUUGCAAGAACCUCCACAACUGAAGUGAUAUCUAGUGGAAUAAAUGGAACCAGAAAUGGUGCCCUUCAACUAAUGCAUGCUGAACUUCAAGUCCUUUCGCCCUUGGUUCCUGUCCGUGAGGUCAAUUUUCUACGCUUUUGCAAGCAGCAUGCAGAAGGGGUAUGGGCUGUGGUAGAUGUGUCCAUAGAUACCAUCCGAGAAACUUCUGGUGCACCCACUUUUCUGAACUGCAGAAGGCUUCCUUCUGGUUGUGUGGUGCAAGAUAUGCCAAAUGGUUACUCUAAGGUGACAUGGGUGGAGCAUGCAGAAUAUGACGAAAGCCAAGUUCAUCAGCUCUACAGGCCCUUGUUAAGAUCAGGGAUGGGCUUUGGUGCACAACGUUGGGUUGCCACCCUUCAACGCCAAUGCGAGUGCCUAGCCAUCCUUAUGUCCUCAGCAGCUCCCUCUAGAGAACACUCAGCAAUAACCUCAGGUGGAAGGCGUAGCAUGUUGAAGCUGGCGCAGCGCAUGACAAACAACUUCUGUGCUGGUGUAUGUGCAUCAACGGUGCACAAAUGGAACAAGCUGAACGCUGGGAACUUUGGUGAGGACGUGAGGGUGAUGACAAGGAAGAGCGUGGACGAUCCAGGUGAACCACCGGGAAUUGUGCUGAGUGCAGCCACCUCCGUGUGGCUCCCAGUUUCACCACACAGACUCUUCAAUUUCCUAAGAGACGAGAGGCUUCGAAGCGAGUGGGAUAUACUCUCCAAUGGUGGACCCAUGCAAGAGAUGACUCACAUCGCCAAGGGUCAAGACCAUGCCAACUGUGUCUCCCUCUUACGAGCCGGUGCUAUGAAUGCGAACCAGAGCAGCAUGUUGAUAUUGCAGGAGACAUGCACAGACGCGUCGGGUUCGCUUGUGGUGUACGCGCCGGUGGAUAUCCCCGCCAUGCACGUCGUGAUGAACGGCGGUGACUCGGCGUACGUGGCGCUUCUUCCGUCGGGGUUCGCCGUCGUCCCCGAUGGAUCCGGCGGUUGCGGUGAAGGUCAUGGUGGCGCGUCUCAGCAGAGGAUGAGUGGGUCCCUUUUGACGGUGGCGUUUCAGAUACUUGUGAACAGCCUCCCCACGGCGAAGCUCACGGUGGAGUCGGUGGAGACGGUGAACAACCUCAUUUCGUGCACUGUUCAGAAGAUAAAAGCAGCACUUCAAUGUGGGAGCUGAAUGUCACGUGACACACACAUCGAUUGUCACGUGAACUCUUUUAUUUUUUUUUAUAUUGGUGUUAAGUUGUUCUUUAUUUUUGAAAUUAACAUUUGUAGUUUAAGAUGCAUUAGGUGGCGCGUGUAAAGGACCCGAGGGGUGGGGGUGUUGAGUCAAGAACGAACCGCGCGUGUUGAUAAUACUCCUUGCAUGGUGGUAAGGAUCCGAGACACGAACGGGUCAGGAUCUUUAACACAAGGCAAGGGUGGUGGUUCGGGUAUUGACUCGGGUCGACCCCUUGUCUGCUCUACUAGUAGCAGAGAAAAAACAAAAAACGAAUAGAAAUGUUGAAAACAUGGAGGAAAAAAAAAUAAAAUCUUUUGAUUUGGUGUAUUUAUUAUAAGUGUUUUAUUAGUGUUAUGUUACAUGAUUUAAGUGUUAUUUUCGACACACAAAA